AUGAGCAACAAUGACACUACAAAGAAGCAAACAGAGAGCAUCAAAGAACCAACAGAGAAUGAGAAGCAAACAAAAGCAGAUGAAGCUAAGGAGCAAGUUGUGAUGCCAAGCAAGAACACUGAGAAACUCAAAGAGAAGGACAACCAGCCACAUAGCUCAAGGGAAAUGACUCUGGGACAGCAGCGAAUAGGAAAGAGCAUCGCACCUCCACUGCCAUAUCCUCAGAGGUUCAACAAAGAUGUUAAGGACCAGCAUUUCCACAAGUUCCUUGAGACCUUCAAGAAGCUGGAAAUCAAUAUUCCCUUGGCUGAAGCACUAGAGCAAAUGCCUCUGGCCUUGAUUCAAAAAGGGCUUCCUCCCAAGCUUAAGGACCCAGGGAGCUUCUUGUUGCCCUGCACCAUUGGGGAAGUGACCAUCACUAAAGCUAUGUGCGAUCUCGGAGCAAGUAUUAAUUUGAUACCAUCCUCCCUGGUGAAAAAGCUGCAUAUAGAAGAAGUCAAACCAGUACAAAUGUCUCUGGAGCUGGUAGAUAAGUCAAUGGUAUACCCCAGGGGUGUAAUUGAAAAUCUUUUGGUCAAGGUGGACAGUUUUAUAUACCCCGCUGAUUUUGUGGUUCUGGAUUCAAACGAGGAUGAUGGUGACUCUGUUAUACUGGGAAGGCCAUUCUUGGCUACUGCUAGAGCUAUUAUAGACAUAGAGGAAGGGGAAUUAAUUCUCAGGAUGCAUGAUCAGAGUGUCACUCUGAAGGUAUUACCAGAGGCACAAUUUAGCAAGGAGAAGAAAGACUAUAUGAAAAUUGACAAGGGAGAAUCACAGUUGAAGGAAGAAAAUGACAAGGAGAGUCACAGCAACAUCCCAAAGAUAAGAAUUGUGCAGACUGAUGAAGGAGCCCAAGAGGAUAUUGGAGUAUUAGCCACUGAGAAGAGAGGUCCCCAAGGGAAGCCUACGGCCAGAAAAGAAAGGUCAACAAAAGGAAAGAUAAACGCAGAAACAAAACAAAAAGGGGUUGGAAGAACAGGAAGAUCCCAACAGAGGGGCUUUCCAAAGGUGACAAAGUGCAACUGA